CAGCAACCAGAAGCUCCAGUCGUAAUUCUUCGCACCUUGAGGUCAAUUAGGAAGAGCAACCUGCCUUUUUUCUGGCAGGAAGGUCCUACCACUGGCGACUUACCUGUUUAUAUUAAUCUAAGGUUAUGUCCGGAAACCCGCGCACUCAACCUCUUUCUACAUCCUCUCAAGGCCCCCCCAAUUGGUUAUUCAGCAACAAUUCUAAUAACUCUUCUACAUCCGCACCAUCAAACAGUACGGCACCAGCAAUGGCAAAGAAGAAUCAAAAGGCUGCCAAGGCGGCAGUCGCGCCUACAACAGCAGCGGCAUCAUCCACCAGCCAGAAUCAGGCUCCUCCCGACCAACUCAUGGACUUAGUCGAGUCGUUCUUGUCCGAUCAAGGAUUCGAUAAUGCUCAUCGUGAGUUUCAGAAGCAUAGAGCGAAGAAAGGUUUGAAGGGACAGAAUGCUGGCAAACAAAAGAACAAGGCACAUCAUUCCCUAGUCAGCAUAUUCCAGACGUGGGAGACAUUCUCAAGUCAGGCAAACACACCCAUCAUCCCUAAAGAAGACCCCUUGCAGAAGAUCACCAAGGUCAGCAGUAGCAGCAGCGAAAGCGAUAGUAGUGACGACUCGAGCUCAGAAAGCUCUAGUGAUAGCGAUGACUCCAAAGAUGUUGCUAUGGCCGACGCGCCUGUUGAUGAUGAAUCCAGCUCUUCUGAGAGUUCUAGCUCCGACGAUAGCGACAGCGAUAGCGACAGUGAGAGCGACGACGAGAAGGAAACAUCGAAUAAACCAGCUACUGGUGCUGUUACAAAUGGCAAAAACCCGUUGAAGCGAAAGGCAGUUUCCGAAAGCUCAAGCUCCUCUGACUCCGAUUCCGAUUCCGACAUGUCGGACUCGAGCUCAGAGGAUGAACGCCCACAGACUAAGAAGGUCAAGACUAAGGCGAGCUCUGAUGAGAGCUCAUCAUCGUCCUCUGAAUCCUCUGAUGACGAGAGCUCCGACGACGAAGACGAAGACAGCACCAAGAAAGUUAAGCAGCCCCAAGUCGAUGAUGAGUCCUCCAGUUCUGAAUCUGAGUCUGACUCUUCGGAUUCUGAAUCCGACGAAGAAUCGAAAGUGGAUCUGAAAGCUGCAGCAGCAGUGCCACUACCUGAAUCUGGCUCUUCUUCCAGUGAUUCCGAGUCUGACUCGGAGUCGGAGGAUGAAAAGCCACAGCGACCUAGCAAAGGAGUAGCUCCGAAUGGCGCCGGGUCAGAUACCUCUGUAACUCUGGACAAAGCCUCACCUGAGUCUGCAUCUGCUUCUUUUCCCCCUCUCCCGCCUGACCCUGUUGCAUCAAAAAUGAACAACCGGGGUAAGAACGGAGCCAAGACGCAGAACCAACCUUUUUCCCGAAUUCGGAAGGAUGUUGCUAUUGACCCAAGAUUGUCGUCCAAUGCUUAUGUUUCGCAUGAGUAUGGCGACAAGGCCCACCAGGACCUUAUCGUGACCAAGGGCAAGGGCUUCACCAAGGAAAAGAAUAAGAAGAAGCGGGGAAGUUACAAGGGUGGUCCUCUGGAUAUCAACAAAAGCCGAAGCAUUAAGUUCGAUGAUUAGAACCCACGGAUUAGUACUGAGCUGAUCAAGAGAUUUCCCAAGAUUACGCACAAGGGGAAGCAAGUUAUGGCCCAAGCGAAAGCGUCUAAAACCCCUCUGACCUCUAAGAAGGAUACCAUCGAGAAAGCUACUGCCAACAAGCUUAAUCACGAUCCUAAAAAGGCGGCGAAACGUGUUCAUUUCGAUUGAUUCACACUAGGCACAGCACCCGUGCUCAGAGCACGGUGCUCUCGAGGGUAGGCUUACCUGUGUUUGAGAGCUUUUAAGAAGCACUUGGGUAUUUGUCCUACUAGUCCUUUACAUUUGUAUUUAUCAAGCAUACCUAAGAAAUAUUCGUAUUUUUUUCGUUUAACAGCUCUUUCAAAGAGUCUGUCUUUUAUAAAAGGGCGAAUACGUUGGAUUUAGGUCGACCUAUAGAGUAGAAAGAAGCCUAAGGGAUAGGACUCGCUAUUGCCUAGGUACCUACUGUAGAUAGCAAGUUAAUUAAUACCCUCUCGUAAAGUGUUUUGUCUA